AUGAUGCAAAAUCUGCCGUGGGAGGUUAUCCCUACCGCUGACAACGGACGCCGACUCAUCAUCAUUGGCGACAUCCACGGCAUGGACCGGUCGCUCGACAGGCUCCUUGACCACAUCGAAUAUAACGGCGACACCGACCACAUCGUGGCCGCCGGCGACAUGGUUAACAAGGGCCCGCACUCGUCUCGUGUGAUUGCUCGUCUCAUGGAGCUUGGUGCAUCGGCCGUGCGUGGCAACCAUGAAGAUCGCGUGCUUCUGGCGCUCGCCUCUGCGGUGGGUGAGGAGGAAUCUCAGGAGCCAAAAGAAUCCCAGGAGCCAACGGACACAAUCGACAACUCUACGUCGCCAGACUUCCAAGCUGACGGCAAGAAGCGCGAUAGGAAGACGGCACACCAGCUUUCCAAGAAGCAGAUCGAGUGGCUUGCGGAGAGGCCACUGAUUCUCUCGGCGGAGGAUCUGGCCAUGUACGUUGUGCAUGCUGGGUUGGUACCGGGCAUUCGACCCAUCAACCAGGACCCCUGGGCGGUGAUGAAUAUGCGCUCACUCAUCGAACCACCAAGGCGUCUCGCCCACCAAGUUCCGGGGCAAGAUGGAGAUUUCCACGACUAUCAUUUUGGCAAGGACAAGGACCAGGACAGUGCUCAAGAGGGCAAUGCCAAUGAGCAUGUAGACGCCAGCAUCGCGUUCCAAGACCUCAUUCCCGUCGACACGCACGAAGGCCGCAAAUGGGCCGCCCUAUGGGACCUACGCCAGUCUCAAAUCCGCAAAUCCGACCGGCGCACUGUUGUCUACGGUCAUGACGCCAAACGUGGACUGACAGUCGGCGAGUACACCUUCGGCCUCGACUCGGCCUGCGUCAAUGGCGGCCACCUCACAGCCCUCGUUGUCCACGUUAGCAAGAAGGGUCAUGUGAAGCGCAAAAUUCGCCAGGUACCCUGCAAAAAGUACAAGCGAUAA